AUGGCAUCCUCACAGGGCAGCAAGGAGUGGGAGAACAGCCUCAUGGACUGUUCACCCUCCAGCUCUUGUCUACUAGCAACGUUCCUGCCUUGCAUACUCUUCGGACGGACGUCUCAUCGCAUGAGGGAUCCUAGCACCGUCCCUGAAAACCUGAACGGCGAUUGCAUGUUAUUUUGUGGUAUUCAAAGCUUGACUGCGAGCGGCUGGAUUUUCAACACGAUGAAACGGGGCGAGAUCCGAGAACAGUUUGGAAUUGAGGGAAGCGGCUGUGGCGACUGUUGCACAUCGUUCUGGUGUCCAUGCUGCGCCCUGAUUCAACAAGACAACGAGGUCAAGGGCCGUCAGGCCCGAGAGAGCAUCAACACGCAAGGGUACCAGGCUGUCACCCAGUCCAUGCAAGUUCCGCCACCAAAUUAUAACACGAAGGAUUAG